AUGUUUAGACAUUAUGAAUGGUAUGAGCUUGAAAUUCAGUUUGUUGUAAGGUGUGUUGCGCAUGUUCUUGCGCUUGUUGUUAAAGAUGCGGUGUUGUUGUAUCACAAGUCAAUUAGCAGGAUCAGAUCAGUUAUCAAAUAUGUUACAUGUUCUCCCUCUAGGUUAGCCAAAUUCAAAGAAUGUGCUGCUCUUGAGAAGAUUGAUUGUAAGAAGAUGGUUUUCUUGGAUGUGAAGACCAGAUGGAAUGCUACAUAUCUGAUGCUUGAAGCUGCCAUUCCAUAUGAAAAGGUCUUUAAGAGGUUAGAAAGAGAAGAUAAGAGCUUUCGAGAUAAGUAUAUUUUCAAAGAAUAUGAAUGUGAAGCUUUACCUAAUACUGAUGAUGACACUGUUGUAAUUGAUAGUGAAGAUUAUUUUCUUAGUUCAUCUAGUGAGUCUGAAUGUAAAGGAGAUGUAACUAAAACGAAGAAUAGGAAGAAAAAGAACAAGCCCCGUCAUCAUGCUCCAUAUGCUGCAGACUGGUCAUAUGCUAGGAGUCUUGUGAAAUGUUUAAAGAUCUUCUUUGAUGCUACUGUUAAGUUCUUUGCUUCAAUACAGGUUACUACACAUGAAUUUUUAUGGCAGUUGGCUUUGAUUCAUGAACAGUUGUUUCGUCUUAGAGUUAUAGGAAACCGAGAUUAUCAUAUUUCUAGGAUGGCAGAAGUAAUGUUUCGAAAGUACAACACAUAUUGGGGGGAUUAUGAAGAUAUGAACUAUGUUCUGUUUUUUUCUAAGUUGCUUGAUCCUCGAGAGAAAGAGUCUGGUUUGAAGUUUGAUCUUGAAUGUUUGUAUGAGCAAGAUGAUUUCAGGGUUGGAACUGUUUUAAAAACUGUGAAACAAGAUAUGGGAAAACUUUAUGAAGAGUACAACACCAUGUAUUCAAAUGCCAAUGUAGAGGAAGGUACUGGGUCAACAACUGUUGCAGGUGUAGAUGACAUGGUAGUUUGUGUGCAAGAAGAGAACAUUGAGGAUAUGCUUGAGUCGAGGAAGAAAAGGCGAAGAAUGAAUGUUCACUCUAAUCAUCCAAAGUCAGAACUUGAAAGUUAUUUGCUUGAUGACUGUGAAACAUCUACCGGGGACUUUGAUAUUCUGGCUUGGUGGCAGGAUAAUAGUACCAAGUAUAAGGUACUAUCACUCACGGUGAAGGAUAUUUUGGAAAUACCAGUGUCCUCAGUUGCUUCUGAAUCUGCAUUCAGUACCGGAAAGCGCAUUCUUACUCCAUGGAUAAGCUCGCUAUCUGGAAGGACAGUUGAAACACUUCUCUGUAUGCAAAGUUGGUUGCAGAAACCCAUUUGUCUUGAUUUCAUAUGUGACUAUGUACCAUACGACAAUGCCAACAUUGAAGAAGACAUUUUGGGAAAGGAUGAGGAUUGAGGGGAUGAUUGGCUUGAGAAUUGGAUGGACUGCAGUCUUUUACUUGUCUUCAACUCUUCGUGCUACUUUCUUUUCUUAUGUUAAACGUUAAGACUAUUGUGUGUGUUUGAUCUUUCGACUCCUUGCUUUUGAACUUCAAGUCUGUUUGAUCUUUAGACUCUUGUAUGGUUAAGAAUCUACUUGUUAGUUGUUAUUUGUUAAGUAUGGAAUGGAUGUACAGGUGCAGGUACAAA